GCUCGCCCCACUCCCGCCCAGCGCAGCCGCCGCGGCGGGGCCGGCAGCUCCCCGAGGCCGCACCAUGGGCAGCCAGGGCUCCAAGGCGGCGGGCGGCGACCCCGACACCGCCAAGGCCAACGGGCAGGAGAACGGCCAUGUCAUCUCCAACGGGGACAUGACGCCCAAGGCGGGGGUCGAGGCUGCCCCCCAGAACGGGAACGGCUCGGCGGAACCCCCCAAGGAGGAGAGCGAGGCCGAAACGGGGGGCGCCGACAGCAUCGAGCCCGCCCCGGCCGCCGCCGAGCCCGCCGAGGGCGGAGAAGGAGCCGCGACCCCCAAGGAGGACGCCCCUAAAAAGAAGAAGAAAUUCUCCUUCAAGAAACCCUUCAAGCUGAGCGGGAUCUCCUUCCGCAAGAACAAGAAGGAGGCCGGGGACUCCUCGGGCUCGUCGCCCACCGAGGAGCGGGGCGGCAGCGAGGAGAGCCCGCCCGGGGGGCUGCAGCCCUCGGCGCCCCCCGAGGAGGGGCAGGAGGGCGGGGAAGCCGCGGGCAGCCGGGAGGAGGAGGAGGAGGAGGAGAAAGAGCAGCAGCAGGGAGGGGAGAGCCACGGAGACACCGCCAAAGCCGAGGAGCCCUCGAAGGGAGCGGGGCCGGAGCCCGCGGCGAGCCCGGAGGAGCAGAAGGAGGAGUAGAGACCGCUCGGGCAGCGCCGUCCUCAGCGGGGACAGCCCCGAGCGGCCCGGGGACUCUCACAGCGCCCCCGAGCAGCCCGGGAUGCCCGGAUUGUCAUCACCGGGGACUCUCACCGUCCUCAACCCUCCCUGAGCAGCCCGGAUCACCCUCGACCCUCCCCGAGCAGCCCCGGAUCAUUGAUCGUCCUCACCGGGGACUCUCACACCGCCCUCGACCCUCCCCGAGCAGCCCUGACCGCCCUCACCGGGGGCUCUCACGCCGCCCUCCGUCCUCACGGGGGCUCCUAAACCAUCCCUGAGCAGCCCGGAUCGUUCUUACCGGGGGCUCUCACACCACCCUCGACCCUCCGUCCUCUCCCGGGGCUCUCACACUGCCCUCGACCCUCCCCGAGCAGCCCGGGGCUCUCACACUGCCCUCGACCCUCCCCGAGCACCACCCUCCGUUCUCACCGGGGGCUCUUAAACCCUCCCCGAGCAGCCCGGAUCGUCCUCGACCCUCCCCGAGCAGCCCGGAUCGUUCUUACCGGGGGCUCUCACAUCGCCCUGUUCCCCCCCGAGCAGCCCCGGAUGCCCGGAUCGCCCUCACCGGGGGCUCUCACAUGGACCCCAACCCUCUCCGAGCAGCCCGGGGACUCUCACACUGCCCAGGACCCUCACCGGGGGCUCUCACGCCGCCCUCCGUCCUCACCGGGGGCUCUUGGACCAUCCCCGAGCAGCCUGGAUCGUUCUUACCGGGGGCUCUCACACCAACCCGGAUCAUUGAUCGCCAUCACCGGGGGCUCUCUCACCGGGGACUCUCACACCAGCCCGGAUCAUUGAUCUCCAUCACCGGGG